UUUUCACAGAGAGAGAGAGAGAGAGCAGAGGGAAUGAUGAUUUCCAUGGCAGGCUUCUAUGAAAUUCUCAGUACCAUGGUUCCCUUGUACUUGGCCAUGUUAUUAGCUUUUGCUUCUGUGAAAUGGUGGAGAAUGUUCAGUGAUGAGCAAUGCUCAGGAAUCAACAAAUUUGUCGCAAAUUUUGCGGCCCCCCUUCUUUCAUUCAAAAUCAUCUACUCCAAUGAUCCUUACAAGAUGAACCACAAACUCAUACUCGCCGACACCAUGCAAAAACUACUGAUACUGUUUGCGCUGAUGUUGUGGGUUAAAUUAACGAAACGGGGGAGUUUCGAUUGGAUGAUAACUCUAUUUUCGAUGUCUACUUUGCCUAACACUGUGAUUUUGGGGAUACCUUUGUUGAGGGCGAUGUAUGGUGAAGAGAGUGAACAGAUUUUGUUUCAAAUUGUGGUGCUUCAGUUUGUAGUGUGGUACCCAUUUUUGUUGUUCUUGUAUGAGCUUCGAGAGGCGAAGGGAGCUGUCGGUCGUCGGGUUUCAACGGCGGUGAUCAAUGGUAGCACCGUGGUUUUGGAAGUUGAGGCUAGGAGUGAGACGCGGAUGAGUUCUCUAUCACUGGCAACCGUUGAUGGUCAGGGUUCGACGACAGCGAUGAAUGGUAGCGUGGUUUUGGUUGUUGAGGCAAGCGCCAAAGAGAAUUCCUUAGGCUAUUUGAAUGGAGAAGAGGGUACUGCAAAUUCUAAAGAAAGAGAAGUUCAAGUAGAGGCCGCUCCCCCUCAAAUGAGAAUGAUAAAUCUACUCAUUUUGGUUUGGUCCAAGGUGAUAAAGAACCCCAACACCUACUCAAGUAUCUUGGGCCUCGUCUGGGGGCUCAUUUCCUUCAGGUUCAACAUAAGAAUGCCAAAGAUAGUAGACAAAUCUGUGACGAUUCUGUCCGUUACCGGUCUUGGCUUAUCAAUGUUCAGUUUAGGUCUUUUCAUGGCAUCUCAGCCCAACUUAAUGCCAUGUGGAAAGCGCAAUGCUACGAUUGCCAUGUUCGUGAGAUUUUCCUUCUCAGUCGUUGUUAUGUCUAUGUGUUCCAUCUUGUUAGGGCUACAAGGCAACUUGUUGAAAGUUGCCAUAGUUCAGGCGGCACUUCCACAAGGAGUGAUUACCUUUGUAUUUGCUGAGGAGUACAAGGCCCAUGAAGACAUUUUAAGCACCGCGGUUUGUUUUGGCACGCUUAUUUCAUUGCCAAUAACUUUGGCAUACUACUUCUUGCUAAGUGUUUUUCAUGCAUGAGAUAGAGAGCUUCUCAAAAAUGGCCAUGGAGGAUAAAGAUGGUCAUAAGCAAGGCACAAAGAAGAACAUUCCCUUUUUAAGGAGAAGAUAUUGUUGUUAGGUCCAAGCUUCAAACUCUUGACCUCUCAAAUAAUUACCAAAUACCACAAAAUAUGGAUCUUUCUCUGCUACGUCGAAGUUGCAGCCGCAUAUGGAUGGAAGGCACCAGCAUAUUGAUGAAGAUUACUUAAAACUUGAUCGUACAGAUGUUCAUGCUUUGAAAUGGACGACUUGGAUUGAGAGGGGAUGUUCAUGGUCUCUUACCAACAUGG